CCCAGCUGCCAGAUUCAACUGGAAAGAAACCAGUCCCUGGCUAACUACGGCUUGGGAGUAGGGAGCAGGAGACAACUCAGACCUCCUGGAACUCACAGUCCCUGAGGCUCGAGAAAGCUGAGCUGAGACAAAGCCUGAGUGGGCCCCAUGAAGGAGGAAAAAGUUGAGCAUGAGGGGCAGCACUCCGAGCCAGGAGGCUCCCAGGAGGAGGAAAAAGAAGGCCUGAUUGAGUUCCACCGUUCCUACCGAGAGCUCUUCCAGUUUUUCUGCAACAAUACCACCAUCCAUGGUGCCAUCCGACUGGUUUGCUCCAAGCACAACCGAAUGAAGACAGCCUUCUGGGCUGUGUUGUGGCUCUGUACCUUCGGUAUGAUGUACUGGCAAUUUGGCCUGCUGUUUGGGCAAUAUUUCAGCUACCCGGUUAGUCUCAACAUCAACCUCAAUUCUGACAAGCUCGUCUUCCCGGCAGUCACUGUCUGCACUCUCAACCCAUACAGGUACUCUAAGAUCCAAGAGGAGCUGGAAGAUCUGGAUCGCAUCACAGAACAGACGCUUUUUAACCUUUACAAGUACAACUCAUCACAUAGCUCCUCCAACAAGGCUCGGGUCCGACGCGAGCUCCUGAACACCCUACCCUAUCCUUUAGUUAAGAUUCAGGACCCCCACCCCUUCCACCAUCACCGAGCCUCUGGUGUCCAAGAGAACAACCCUCAAGUGGAUAAGAACGACUGGAAGAUUGGCUUUAUCUUGUGUAACAAGAACAAAUCAGACUGCUUCUACCAGACCUAUUCUUCAGGGGUGGAUGCUGUCCGAGAGUGGUAUCGCUUUCAUUUUAUCAACAUCCUAGCUCGUCUGGACUCCCAAGAUCUGAAUGAGGCUGCAUUGGGUAAUUUCAUCUUUGCCUGUCGCUUCAACCAGGCCUCCUGCAACGAAGGGAAUUAUUCCCAGUUUCAUCACCCCAUCUAUGGAAACUGUUACACCUUCAAUGGCAAGAAUGACUCCAACCUCUGGAUGUCUUCUACACCUGGAAUCAAUAACGGUCUGUCCCUGACACUACGAACAGAAAGAAACGACUUCAUUCCACUGCUGUCCACAGUGACAGGGGCCAGGGUGAUGGUGCAUGGGCAAGAUGAACCAGCAUUCAUGGAUGAUGGUGGCUUCAAUAUUCGACCAGGAGUGGAGACAUCUAUCAGCAUGAGAAAGGAAACCCUGGACCGACUUGGCGGUGACUAUGGGGAUUGUACCAACAAUGGCAGCAGCGACGUCAAAGUCAAGAACUUCUAUUCUUCCAAGUAUACACAGCAGGUGUGUGUCCACUCCUGCUUCCAGGAAAACAUGAUCCGGAAGUGUGGGUGUGCAUACAUGUCCUACCCAAAGCCCGAUGAAGUGGAGUUUUGUGACUAUAAGAAGCACACAGACUGGGGUUACUGCUAUUAUAAGCUCCAGGAUGCCUUCGCCUCUGAUAACCUAGGGUGUUUCGCGAAGUGUCGUAAGCCCUGUUUUGUAACCAGUUACGAGUUGUCUGCUGGCUAUUCCCGCUGGCCCUCUGCAACAUCUCAGGACUGGGUGUUCCAGAUGUUGUCAAUUCAGAAUAAUUACACCAUCAGCUCCAAAAGUGGUGUUGCCAAAGUCAAUAUCUUCUUCAAAGAGCUGAACUAUAAAACCAACUCAGAGUCUCCAUCUGUUUCGAUGGUCACCCUCCUGUCAAACCUGGGCAGUCAGUGGAGCCUGUGGUUUGGCUCUUCAGUGCUUUCUGUGGUGGAGAUGGUUGAGCUGAUCUUUGACUUCCUGGUGAUAACCAUCUUCUUGCUGCUCCGAAAGUUCCGAAGCCGCUACUGGGCUCCCAGCCAGACAGCCUAGGCAGUCUGGGUGGAAGCCACGGACUCGUCA